GUGAGCAGGUGUUCUCGUGGGCCCACAACGUCGCUUCGAUGGGACCGCGCGAGGACUCCGCGUGCAGGUGGUAUUGCAAGAAUUGCAAGAAUGAUCGCAUGGGUAAGCAGUGGUGGAACAUGGCGCAUGCAAAGAAGUGUGUGCUGUGCGGCUUGGCGAAAGGAGUCAUGUUCGGGGGCAACGUUCAGCCCGCGGAGCCUUCAGUCCGCGCCAAGUCCAAGAUGCCUCCGUGGAAGUACCAGCCCGCUGAGGCAGCAGGGCAGGCGAAGAUACGUGAGUUGGAGGCGAAGAUCAAGGAGCUUCAGGCUGAGUCUAAACGUGGGAUCCUCGGGGACCACAUGCAGGUCGACGCUGGCGAAAAGGAUGAUGAGGCUGACAUUCGCAGAAGGCUCAAGGAGAUUGAUGAGCAGCUGGCGUUUGUGUCCAAGUAUAGCAAUGAGUCCAAGGCGGGCGCAUAUGUGGAGUCGCUACGGGUCGAGAAGGAGCGUUUGCACAGCACGCUUCAGGAGUCUCGCCCCAUGUAUGCGAAGUUGCAGACCAUGUCCAAUCGGCUCAAGACGGCGGAGAAGAGGGCGGAAGCGUCGAGAGAGUUGGUGGCUGAGAGGAAAUUUCAACUUGGUGAGAUGCAGAAGAGUCUGGAGCAGGCCGAGAAGAAUCUCACUGAGCAGGAGAAGGAGGUGGUGUCGCUCAGCGCGCAGGUGCAGGAACUCACGAAGCAGGCGCCAAUGGCUCCUGAGCCAGCAUCACUCGAGGAGAAGGGCAAAGGCAUGGCCAUGGACGUUGGUGCCUUGGGCAAGAUGCUUGAGGCGCAGGGUCUCGGCUCCGAGCAGGCGGAGGGCUUGGCGCAGGUGCUUGCGGACAGUAUGUGUAAGCUCUGGGUCAGGCAAGAGGCUGACGAGUCGAAGCGAGACGGACAGGCUGCUCUGCCGCUCCAAGUUCCUCGCACGCCGUUGGGCGAAGCAGGCGGUCCAUCGCCUGGCACGCCGAGUGCUGAGGCAGGGGGCGGCGUGCCCGCAGCUGCAGCAGCAGGAGGCGCCAAGCCCAAGUCGUUGGACCAGGUCAUCGCAGAUGCCAAGGAAGAGGAGCUGCGGGAGUCGUUGGCGGCGCUGUACCCAUCCGAGCUGGCGGAGCAUGUUCCCAAGGUUGUGGCGGACUCCAGUUUGGAUGCUGAGGAUUGCCAGCGGGAUUUUCAGCAGUCUGACGACGUGGGCUUCGACCUGGACGAGUUCUUCGGCAUCACCGAGAAUCCGACGGCGGCGCUGACCUCUACCUCGACCAAGUGUGGGUCUACUGGGGCCAGCUCUGCUCUGGCGUCUGGGCAGCAGCCUGAUACUGACCUCAAGUUGAAGGGAGUGAUCACGUCUGCCAAUGUGGAGGGUGCAGGACCUCUCAAAUUGUUCAUGGAGACGUGCAGGUCCAAGAUCGUGGUGAUUCAGGAGCAUCGCACGUUAGCCAAGCAUCUUCCAUCGUUGCAGGCUCAUAUUCAUGAUCUGGGCUUCCAUGGGUACUUUGGUGGUGCUGUGGAGACUGGCGCUACGGGGCAUUCUGGUGGAGUAGCCAUCCUGGCUCCGACGCAUAUCGCGGUGAAG